AGGUUUAAUUUUAUAUAUAUAGUAAAAUUAUUUAACCUAUGCUUGUAACUUUCUAUAUACUUAUUACACUUAUUACUGUGUAUAUACCAGUUUUGGAGUUCAGGGGUGUAAAGUAUUGUUGAAUUAUAUUAAGUUUAGUUUACUUUUACGUAUUACUGUGAUUAAAAUAAAGUACAAUUACCGGUAAUAGUAAUUUUUAACACAUAAUUAUAUCGGGAGUAACAGUUCAAGGAAUAUGUCGCGACGAAAUCAAUCAGAGGACUACAGAAAAGGGCCAAAUGCCUACAGAGGAGAUCGCGAUGGUUCGGAUGACAGCAGUGAUGAGGAUGACAGGAAUUACAGGCGAGAACGAGAAAGAUCUCCAUUGAGACGGCGAGCUUCUGAUGACAGACAUCGAACUGAUCGUGAAACCACCAGUUCCUAUGGAUCAUCAAGGGACACCGGUAUGCAGCAGAAACAAAAACUAGCCUUUGGUUUUAGCAAGAAGCCCACCAGUACUGACGCUAAAAAAGGAAUUCAAAUAAAACUAGGCCCUACUACGAAACCAACAGCUAAAUCAAUAGCUCCUACAAAGACAACCGUAGCUUCUGUGUUCAAUGCUGACGACGAUGAUGAACCAGAAGAAAUGCCAGCAGAAGCAAGAAUGAGGAUGAGGAAUAUUGGACGCGAGACACCGACAUCAGCUGGUCCAAAUUCAUUUGGCAAAACAAAGCAAGGCUUCUGUGAUUCUAAAAAAAUAUUCGAAAAAACUCUCAAGAAAGCCAUGGACGAAGCAAAUAAUAAAUGAUUAUUAGAUUUAUUAGA